CACUUCACCAAAACAGUUCCCAUUUCGUUCAGAACAAGAACUACACCCUUACCGAAAUGAAAUCCUUCAUUUUACUCACUAUCGUAGCUCUAGCUAGUGCUAGAAGCUCGAAAAACGACUACAACACCAGAUUUGGUACUUCGGGAAUAGAAGAACUACUCAAAGAAGUGUCUCAGCAACGUUCUUCACUCCAACAGACCUCAAGACUAUUCCAAACGCCUUUCCAACAAAUGAUCCAGGCACCACAAAGAACAGGAGUAUACGGAAACAUUGAUUUGUCUCAACAAGUUACUAGACAAGCUCUUCAGAGAACUUUAGCUCAAGGUGGAGCUCAAGGAAAUGGUCAAAUAGUAGCUGCUCAAGCUGCCCAACAAAUAGUACGUGGUGCUGAAGAAGAACAACAACUGAAUAUCCAGGAAACCAUCAAAGAACUUGCCCAAAGAGCCCAGGUUACUGGAUUAAAUACAUUUGGAGGUCAAAAUGUUGCUCAAACUUUGUUCCAGCAAGCCAGACAAGGAGAAAUCCAACAAGUUAUUGAAGAACUGGUAAAACAACAGCAGAAGCAAGCUCAACCUGGCAGCACUGGACAGCUUCUUCAACAAACCCUCCAAGUAGGUAUUGAGGCACAACUGGCCACACAAAUCGUCCAAAGACUUGGACUCCAAGGUCAGGCUGAAGCAGAAGAAUUCCAGGGUGAGGUUCAACAAUUGGUAGACCAAAUCAACGCCCAACAAACUCAAAAAUCGAUCUGUGACUGUCAGCAAAAAGCCAAACAGAUCCAAGCUCAACGUCAAUUUGUUACUCAGCAAAUCAAAAAGGUCGAAGCUCAAGAAACGGUAGCCAGACAAAUAGGAGGUUGUGGUCAAGGUUGUAUGCAAUUGCAACAAGUUAAGGCUAAAUUGCAACAGCUAGAACGUUUCUUGGCUCAAGAACAAUUGGCUCAGAGUGUUGCUGUUCAACAAUUGCAGAAAGUACUGAUCAAGCAAGAGAGCCAGAUCCAGGACGAUAUCGUUGAGCAACAAGUCGCUAAAAAUUCAGUGUAAGGAACUGUUGGAAAUUAUUUUUAAAGAUUUGAUGUAUUUUUCGACUAAAGGAAUGAAGUAAAUAAAACUCACACUUAUUCAUAGUAAAA